CAUCGUCUCCAUCCCGCCAAGCGCCGCUCAACAACGACUACAACAGCGGCAAGCUCGACGGCGAGACACCCAAACACCGCGCACACACCAUGAAGGCAAACUACGUCUUCCAAAACCUGUGCGGCACCGUCUACCGCCAGGGCAACGUGCUCUUCACCCCCGAUGGCAACAGCGUCCUCUCGCCUGUCGGGAACCGCGUGAGCGUGUUCGACUUGAUCAAUAACAAGUCGCGCACGCUCCCGUUCGAGAACAGGAAGAACAUUGCGUGUAUCGGCCUGUCACCCGAUGGCCAGGUGCUCAUCUCUAUUGACCAGGAUGGCCGCGCGCUCCUCGUUCACUUCCGCAAGGGCACCGUCCUUCACCACAUGAACUUCCAGAAGCCCGUCUCGACCAUCUCGUUCGCCCCGAACGGCAAGUACUUUGCCAUCGGCCACGGCAACCACAUCCAGGUGUGGAACACGCCGUCGCAUCUCGCAAGGGAGUUUGCGCCGUUCGUCCUGCACCGCGAGUACACUGGCCACCAGGAUGAGGUGACGAGCAUCUACUGGAGCCGCUCGAGCAAGUACUUCCUUACAACGUCCCGCGACAUGACUGCGCGCCUGUACACCCUCGACCCGCUCGAGGGCUUCAAGCCCAAGUCGUUUGGCGGGCACCGUGAUGUUGUCAUCGGCGCCUGGUUCUCGGAGGACGAGAAGACUAUCUACACCGUUUCGCGCGACGGCGCCGUCUUCACCUGGAACGCCAAGAAGACGACUGCGGAGGACGACUCGGACGUGGAGAUGGAUGUGCUCGACUUGCCUUCGACGUCGGCGUCCGCAGCCACCGUUGCCGAGUUCGCGCCUGCGUACACUCGUUGGGGCAUCACCACCCGUCACUUCUUCAACCAGGCCAACACCAAGGUAGCCUGCGCUACCUUCCACCCUGGUACCUCUCUCCUCAUUGUCGGCUUCUCCACAGGUGUCUUCGGUCUCUGGGAGAUGCCCGACUUCACCCCGGUCCACACCCUGUCCAUCUCGAACGAGAAGAUCUCGUCAGUUGCCGUCUCGGCGUCUGGCGAGUGGCUCGCUUUCGGCGCCAGCAAGCUCGGCCAGCUCCUCGUCUGGGAGUGGCAGAGUGAAAGCUAUGUGCUCAAGCAGCAGGGUCACUACUUCGACAUGAACACGCUCGCGUUCAGCCAGGAUGGCCAGAACAUUGCCACAGGAGGCGAGGACGGCAAGGUCAAGCUGUGGAACGCGUCCAGCGGUUUCUGCUACGUCACCUUCCCGGAACAUACAGCCUCCAUCUCCUCGGUUGAGUUCGCCAAGCAGGGCCAGGUCCUGUUCUCGGCGUCGUUGGACGGCACGGUGCGCGCCUUCGACCUGAUCCGCUACCGCAACUUCAGGACAUUUACCUCGCCCACGCCAGUGCAGUUCUGCUCGCUGGCCGUCGACCCCAGUGGAGAGGUUGUCUGUGCCGGCUCGCUCGACACGUUCGAGAUCUACAUGUGGUCUGUGCAGACGGGCAAGCUCCUCGACAUCCUCUCAGGUCACACCGCCCCUGUUUCCGGCCUGUCGUUCUCUCCCUCCGGCGAGCGGCUCGCUUCUUCCAGCUGGGACCGAAGCGUCAGGUUAUGGGGCGUCUUUGGGCGCUCCCGUGAGAGCGAGCCGAUCACUGUCAGCUCGGAGGCUACAGCCCUCGCCUUCCGACCGGACGGCAAGGAGCUCGCCGUCACCACCCUCGACGGCCAGAUCAGCUUUGUGGACGUUGCCGAGGGCGAAAUCAAGAGCGUCAUCGAGGGCAGGAGAGAUAUCUCGGGUGGUCGCAAGGCCGAGGACAGGAUGAGCGCCGCCAACAAUGCCGCGUCAAAGUACUUCAACUCGGUCUGCUGGACGGCCGACGGUAGCUGCGUCAUUGCCGGCGGCAGUUCCAAGUACGUGGUGAUCUACGACCGUGCGGACGGUGUCAUGGUCAAGAAGUUCCAGAUCUCGGAGAACCUCUCACUGGACGGCACGCAGGAGAUGCUCGACUCGAGGAGGUUGACGGAGGCUGGCUCAUUGGAUGCUCUCGACGACAAUGGAAACGCGUCGGACCUCGAGGACCGUCUCGACAACUCCCUGCCCGGAGCCCAGAAGGGCGACCUCAGCAAGCGCAAGUACAAGCGCGACGCUCGCACCAACUGUGUGCGGUUCAGCGCCACUGGCCGGUCAUGGGCGGCCGCCAGCACCGAAGGAUUGCUCCUCUACUCUCUGGACGAGAGCACAACAUUCGACCCGAUCGACCUGAGCCUCGACCUGACACCGGAGAGCACGCUCGAGACCCUCGCCAAGGGCGAGCACCUGAUCGCGCUGGUCAUGGCGCUGCGGUUGAACGAGAAGCCCCUUAUCCAGAGGGUGUACGAGUCGAUCCCGGCCGCUGAAGUGCGUCUCGUGGCGCGCCAGCUGCCCACGGUCUACGUCCAGCGUCUGCUGUCGUUCAUUGCUGAGCACGCCGAGUCGUCACCCCACGUCGAGUUUGACCUUGUGUGGGUGGCGGCGAUGCUCACAUCGCACGGACGGUGGCUCAAGGAGCGCAAGGCCGAGAACGCGUCCGUGUUCCGUGCGCUGCAGAAGAGCGUGCAGGCGUGGGAGAGCAGCGUUGCCAAGCAGUGCAACGACAACUCGUUCACGCUGUCGUAUCUCAUCUCGCAAUCGAAGCGGGCCGAGGUAUCAAAUGGCAACGAGAACGGUGGCAUUGUCUACUAGGUAUUAUCAGGGUUCAGGUUUAGAGAGAGGCAUAUGCAUUGAUAGCAC